UGAUAUUAUUAUGUAUGAAAACCUCAGAUUAAGAGAGAGGAUCUCUGAUAAUUUGACUUGAUGAUAUAUUAUGUAUAAGAAGUGUUUCACUCCAAUAUCAGAGUUAAAACUAAUCAAUUUGAAAACUCACAGGGCACAACUCGUCUCCCUUGUUGAUGUCAUAGCUAUGGAAACCUGUGAGGUAGAAAAUGGCUCACCAAAAACACCAGGAACAUUCAAAGAGAUCAUCUCCACUCUUCCUACAGAAAAUGGCUGGAAUGUUUUCCAGCAUCUUUGUUUUUACCAAGGUUUCUGGUGCUUCCCUCUCCACCUUGAAGGAGGCAUGUUUGCUCAACACCAUUUCAAGGCUCAACCAACUGAUGUUCUCUUGUGCAGCGCUCCAAAGACCGGAACCACUUGGCUUAAGGCCCUCAGUGUUGCAAUCGUGACCAGGAACUGCGUCGAUGAGUCCAACAGCCCUUUGCUCAACAAGGUUCCCCAUGAUUGCAUCAUGUUCUUGGAAAAAGAUUUCAUCGAGAACCCAACUCAGACUGAUCAGGGAAGACUCCCUCUCGUGGCCACUCACCUUCCUUACACUGCCUUGCCUAAAUCCGUUCUGGAUGCAGGUUGUAAACUUGUUUACAUUUGCAGGGAUCCCAAGGAUGCAUUUGUUUCCCUGUGGCACUUUGCAAAGGGUAUAAAAGUGAACAACAACCCAAAUCUUCCGAUUGAUGUUGCGUUUCAGUUGUACUGCAAAGGAAGAUCAAAUUUUGGUCCUUAUUGGGACCAUGUUUUGGGAUACUGGAAAGCAAGCCAAGAAAACCCAGAGAAGGUUCUUUUCAUGAGAUAUGAAGAUUUAUUGAGGGACACCAUUCCUCAGGUGAAGAAAUUGGCUGAAUUCCUGGGGCAGCCUUUCUCUUCCAAGGAAGAAAAAUAUGGCGCAGUGGAAAAAAUUAUCAGGUUAUGCAGCCUGGAAAAUUUGAGCAACCUGGAGGUCAACAAGACCGGGAAAUAUGGAAAUGCCGACAUUGGAAUUAACAACAAUGUGUACUUCCGAAAGGGGAAGAUUGGAGAUUGGAAAAACUAUCUGACCCCUGAGAUGGGAGAGCAACUUGACAACGUCAUGGAAGAAAGGCUCAGUGGAUCAGGGUUCACAUUUCUUGAACCCAAUUAACCACUGAAAGCUACUACUGCUUACUACUAUUGCAGUAUCUGGGCUUGAAUAAUUCUCUGUUUGCUGCCUCGAAUAAUGCUUGCUUUUUGCAAGACUGUGUUAGAUUUAGGUUCCGGCGCCCAUUGCUUUUCCACUUUGUGAAAUCGCAGGGCUGCAAUCAACUUUUAGGCUUAAAAGGUAAAAUCCCACUGCAUUUCAUUGUCUUGUUGAAAUUGCAAGGCUCCCGUUUUAAGUUAUUGUCUAUCACUUGGCGUUUUCAACGUGUCGUUGAAAUUCCAUGGUUUGUAUGAAGUAAUUAAGUUUGAAUAAAGAUUUGGAGACGGUUUUGUUGCAAACACAUGCCAGAAAUGUUUUUAGUGUUGUAC